GUGACAGCGGAGCCCUGAGCAUGCGGGGCCGGAUCCCGGGAAUCUGCGGAGCCCUGAGGAUGCGGGACCGGAUCCUGGCCCUGCUCGGCCUGGCCCUGGCCUUGGCAUCGCUGCUGCCCACGGCCGGAGCACGCCGGAGCCAGGACCUGCACUGCGGAGCCUGCCGGGCGCUGGUGGAUGAGCUGGAGUGGGAGAUUGCCCAGGUGGAUCCCAGAAAAACCAUCCAGAUGGGCUCGUUCCGCAUCAACCCUGACGGCAGCCAGUCGGUGGUGGAGGUGCCGUAUGCACGGUCUGAGGCGCACCUGACGGAGCUGCUGGAGCGGGUGUGCGAGAAGAUGAAGGAGUACGGCGAGAAGGUGGAUCCGGCCACGCACCGCAAGAGCUACGUCCGGGUCAUCUCCCAGGACGGCACCAAGAUGGACCUUUCCGGUGUCAAAUUCGACGGGGAUGUGACCUCCAGCCUGAAAUUCGCGUGCGAGAGCAUCGCUGAGGAAUACGAGGAUGAACUCAUCGAGUUUCUCUCACACGAGACUGAGAACGUCAAGGACCGGCUCUGCAGCAAGAGGACGGACCUGUGUGACCAUGCUCUCCACAUCCCACACGACGAGCUGUGACUGCCUCUGGAGCAGGGACCGGGACAGUGCCGGGACCCACCGGGAUGUCCCCAGGGCCCACCGGGAUGUCCCCGGGACCCACCGGGAUGUCCCCGGGACAGACGGAUCUGCCGGGACCUCCACGGCUCCGGAGCCGCCGCCUCGCCCCAUGCAGAGCUCCCGUCCUAUUUAUUCCCCGUCCGGGGGCACCGGGACGGCCACGGGGCCGGGGCCACGUCCUCGCUCCUGCCAGGACAUUUCAGGGACAUUCCUGCCCCACUACCGGGGGACACGGGGGAGACACCAGGG